GUUCAAAAAACUGGGGGUUCAAAAUUUAUAUUCUAGUUUUAAUUGCCACGUAGUAGUUUGUUUCUUUAAGCCAAACCCUAGAUAAACCCCUCUUUUGUGAUUUUGGCUUCAAUUUUGCAAACCCCCUUUUCUCCUCCUCAGUGGUGUUAGGCGAUUUAGCAAGCUUUGGGUGAAGAUGGAAAUCGAUAGGGCUGAUGGGCGGACGGCGAACCAGUUGAGGCCGUUGGCUUGUUCUCGGAAUGUUCUUAAUCGAGCUCAUGGUUCUGCAAGUUGGUCUCAGGGGGAGACUAAAGUUCUUGCUGCGGUUUAUGGACCUAAAGCUGGAACGAACAAGAAUGAGAAUCCUGAGAAAGCUUGCUUUGAAGUCAUUUGGAAGCCAAAAACGGGGCAGAUUGGAAAAGCGGAAAAAGAGUAUGAGAUGAUAUUAAAGAGAACUAUUCAAAGCAUUUGUCUUUUAAAUGUCAAUCCAAAUACUACAACUUCAAUUAUAAUCCAGGUUGUCCAUGAUGAUGGUGCUCUACUCCCAUGUGCCAUAAAUGCAGCUUGUGCAGCCCUUGUGGAUGCCAGUAUCCCCAUGAAGCAUCUUGCUGUUGCAAUAUGUUGUUGUGUAGCACAGAAUGGUUAUGUUAUAUUAGACCCUAGCAAGCUAGAAGAGCAGACGUUUAAGGCCUUUGCAUAUUUGGUUUUCCCGAAUUCUAUUAUUUCAUUACCUUCUGAAGCAUCACCAAAACCAGUAAGUGAGCCGAUGGAACAUGGGAUUAUUACAUCCGUUACUCGAGGUGUAAUGCCAGUCGAUGAUUAUUUUCACUGCCUGGACCGAGGGCGUGCUGCGACUUCCAAGUUGUCCGACUUUCUACGGAAGAAUUUACAUCUGCAAACUCCAACUGAUCCAUCUAAAGCCGGGUAAUGUCAAAUUGUAUAAGGAAACCCAAGAAUUUGGAAACUGUUGAUGCUUUCUAGUAGUUGCUGCUUUAUGCCGAAAAUUAGUAACACAUGGGAAACUUUAUAAUUAACAUGAAGCAAUACUAUGUCAGACCAGCGCUUAUCACGGAAUCUUGGCUUGGUUCCAAGGUAUUGAUUUAAUGUCAGCAUACAUAGUAAAAUUUCAAGUAUAGAGACCAGUUGGAUAGCAGGCUGACGAUGUCUUAAACAUUUGUUUGCUAUCCCUGAUAAAGUUGAUUACAUUUCAUGUUUACUGUUAACCUAGCCAAGCCAGAAGAACAAUGUGUGUCGAAACUUGUGAAACUAUAAUUUUUUAAUUUUAUAAUUUGCUCAGGCUGUUUCAUA